AUGACUGCCACAAGAAAGAUAACAAUGAGCUAUGUGGGAAAUACCCGUAAUACAGUGGAAAUGAAGAUAGAGGGCGAAACACAUACACUGGGCAAUCUCCUCUGUGAGGAGAUGCUCGAAGACAAGAGAUGUCUCUUCAGCGCAUAUAGGGUCGAACAUCCCACAGACAAUCAUGUAUUUCUUCGUAUUACAGCAGAUAAGGAUUGUCAAGUAAAGGACCUGUUUCUCGAAACACUCAAGAGAAUUGAAGAAGACACAAUUUCUCUAAUGGGUCAGUUGAAAGGGUUCUAA